AUGGCUGACAGCGCGGAUGCCCUCUUCGGCUUCACUCCAAAGAAGAGAAUCACAACAUACGGGAAGGCUGCCAGGCGAAGGGUCCAGCCGAGGGUAGUUGGAACUUUGAGACACACGGAGUCGGCUCCUGUGAUUCCUACGUUCUCAAAGUCCUCCUCUGGCUCUCCAGAAUUCCCUUCAGUGACGAUGCGCCUUGCCGACACUACCAAAUCUGGCCAGAAUAACACUAAAAAAUAUGGUGCCGGAGCACGCGUGAAGCCUGCUGUUGAAGAAGCACAAAGCCAGCCAAGCUCUGGGCCUUCUAAAAUGAAGCAAGAGAAGGACGAAGCUAAGAGGGCUAAGAAGCGCAGGCUCACAAGAGAAGAGUCGGACCAGGGAAAGCCCACUGGCCCUUAUUCAACACCAGACUCAUCCCCCACUGGAGACAGAUCACCUGUUGGCGACAAUACAAAAUGUGAACGCAGCAAGAAGACUGCUUCCGUUUCUGGACAAACCACUCCCGAGAGAGAUGUUGACAUGAGGGACAAUGCCCCCAUUUCAAUGCCCUUCUCGGCAAAGACGGCUCGAACCUUGAAAAAUUUAAGCAUUAGUUCCAACUCUCCGGACGUUAGGAGACAAAUGAUCCCCCUCCGCCUCUCCGUUUCAUCCCGGUCUAAACCCGCCCCUAAAACAACACCGCCAUCGCAACCUUCGGCAUCCAGUGCCCAGGCACUGUCCCCUGCACAGCCCGUUCGAAAGAGACGGUUAAUCGAUGCUUUAGCUGCCCAGGCAGAAGAAGAAAGCAGUUCAUCCGAUUCUGAUGAUCAUGUCCCAUCGGCUCAACCUUCGGGAAGCCGCAAUGCUGCUGCUACCAUUCCUCCUCGUUUUGCCUUUUCUGAAUCCAACUUGUCACACGCUUCGCUUGCCAGUCCUUCAGGAACCAUCCCCCGCCCCAUCAUGGCUGCCACCAAAAAGGCCGGCCCCAAGUUCACCUACAGCCAGCAGAGGACGAUGCUUGCCGAUGACGAUGACUGGCUGUUAGGAGGCAGUGGCAGCGGUGCCAGUCUGGGCAACGCUUCUUCAAGCAGUGCGUUUUUCAAAUUUGGACAAUUGACUAAAAGCUCGACCGCUAGCAAAUUUUCCUAUCUCGAUGAGGAGGAUGACACCCAGAACUCUGGUGCUGUUCGAAGCCUUCACGAGUUGAGGCAAGCGGGUGCCAACAGCCGCUUUGCCGAUGAGAUGGACGACAUCCUUGACAGGGUUGGCACGCCAUCAGCUAAGUCCUCAUUGCUGAGACGGGGUGCUCUGCUCGAAGUUGCCCAGAAGAUCAAAAAUAAGGAUUUCCGACAGCAGUUCCGUAAUCACAGUGAUAGUGGAAACCUAUUCAAGUCUCUCGGCGAUGAGACUGACGUCGUCUCUGGAUACGCUAUUUUGGCCAUAGUCACUACCCUGCUUGCUGCUACUACGUCGGCUCACUUAGUUUGUGAGCUUCGCUCACAGGGGCUUGCCACUCUUGUCAGUCGACUGCUCGGGCAAACCACGGACAUCACCCAAAUCGCGAAGGAUCGAAAGCAGAAUGUCUCCAAGAAUGGGCAGAUGACUCUGACGACGAUAAAGUACUCGCUCCUCGAGCUGCCCGUUUGGGAGAAGUUUGCUCCUUCACGACUGUCGCCACGCACGCUGGCCUUGAAGUGUUUGGAUGUGCUCAUGCAACAGCCUUCGGCGCAAACCUUCGCUGCUGAAGACGAACUCCUCAACGGGGAAGUUACAGAGCACUUGUUCUCCAUCGUCUCCGACAGCAUCAACGAUUCAGACUGUUGGGACUUCCCCGACCAGCCAGAAGCUAUCGACCUCUAUCUCUCGCUCUACGUGCUCGAGGGCCACUCCAUUAAUGCUAUGCAGUCGCCUCUAAGUAGCGUGACCUGGACGAGGGAGUACGCACCUAUCGUUGCCAGCACGUUGGAGAAGGCGCUCGAAAAGCCUGUCCAAGAGCUUGCCGAUCUAGAAAAUCUCGCACUUCGCAUCUCGCUCAACAUUACCAACCAUAAUGAGGAAGCAUCGCGCCUGUUCGCAGAACGUGGACUGCUGCGCCGCUUGGCCGAGUCAGCGUGUAGUGCGUUUGGGAUCGUGGUCAACACGCUCAGAGACAAGAACGAGGAAAAGGAAUUAGCUGCAGUGACUAAAGUGCUCGAGUCUCUUAUUAUGAUGCUCGGGGCCAUGAUCAAUUUUUGUGUGUAUUACCCUCCUGCGUCGGGCUUCCUCCAGGGAGAUGGAGGACGAUCGGAGCCGCUCGAUGGGUUGAUGAAGAUAUUCGCAGAAAAUCACGCCAAGACAGCGGACGCCGACUCCAUGGAAGAGACGCAGCUUAACGUUGCCUUGGGCUAUCUCUCUAUUCUUCUGGGAUACCUCUGCCUGCGCAGCCCGAUCCGCUCCCGCUUUGUUGAAAUACAUCCUCAGAAGGGCUUACAGCCACUGCUCGACUCCAUCAAGGAGUUCAUUGCUUUUCACCAAAAGAUUGCUGAAGCCCAGGAUACGGGUUUGGGCUCAGGGCAUGGUGCUGAGUCGGCUGCCUUGACGAGGUUGAAGAACCUAGUCGAGCAGCUUGCCGAUCUGCGUUGA